CGUCUGAGCACUACUUUAAAGAGGUGUGAACAUGCAACUAGUCUCAAGAACCACUGCAAAGCCUUCGGGAAAAGAAAGGCAAUUUCUUUUUCUUCUCCUUCCUCCUCCGCUCAACCUCCUUUUUUUUGUGUCCCAAUUCGUCUGCCGCUGACUUGAGUUACGGUUCAAGGAUACAUUCUUCUCCCCCCCCCUCGCGAGAGCAGCAGGCGGAUUUUAGUGCGAUGGGGAUGAAGAGGAGGAGGUGGAAGCAGGGCUGUCAGGAAACAAACGGAUGAUAGUGCUAAUUAAAAGAUGCCCAUGGAGACGCGCUCUUUUCGAAACAUGUCCGCCGUGGGUCGAUUCCCGAGCAUGACUCUCACCGCCGUUGACGAGAACCCCGAGGAGGGCAUGAAGGAGUCCAACGAGAAGGCCAAAGAGAAUGGCUGCCAGCGGUGGCUGCGCCGCAUGGGCUGCUGCCUCGAGACCACCAACGACGACGACGACAUCACCAACACGCUAGUGACGGGUCUGGAAGAAGGCAUGGACCACGGGGGGACGCCUGUGCCCGGCGAUAGCGAGCUCGGAGAGCUGCCCCUCAAGGUAAAAUCAAUCGACCUGAUGAAGAGCAAAACGGGAGGCGAGCGCCUGGCGCACCACACGCACCUCUACCAAUCCGACGACUUCAUCAUCCGCAGAGGGCAGACGUUCCACAUGUGGCUCACGCUAUCACGACCGUUCCGACCCGCCACUGACAAACUUCAUCUGGAACUCAAAACGGGGCCUUUGCCGACAGUGUCAAAAGGAACCCACGUCAUUAUCCCCCUGGUGGACGAGCUGCAGGACAACCACUGGCAGGCCGCCCUUGUGGAAUGCGACGGCGCCAGGAUGAAGCUGUCUGUCAAUUCCUCGGCCGCCGCCGCCGUGGGCCGCUAUCGCCUCCAGGUGGAAACCGAGUGUCCGGGUGGACAUACUGUUUCCGAGCACGACCCGGCCAAUGACAUCUAUGUGCUGUUCAACCCCUGGUGUGACGUGGAUGCGGUGUUCAUGGACGAUGAAGACGAGCGUCAGGAGUACAUCCUCAACGACGUGGGGCGAAUCUACUACGGCACGCAGGACCAAAUUGCUGUCCGAACGUGGGACUACGGACAGUUUGACAACGGGAUCCUGGAAGCGUGUCUCUUUGUCCUGGACAAGAGUGGAACUCCUCCAUCAGGGUGGGGCGACCCUGUCAAUGUGGUGCGAGUCGUGUCAGGCAUGAUCAACUCUCGCGAUGACCAAGGUGUUGUGGAGGGAAACUGGUCAGGGAAUUACACUCAAGGGACAUGUCCGACUGUCUGGAGCGGAAGUAUGGAAAUACUGACGCAGUACCACAAAAACAACGGCACCCCUGUCAAAUAUGGCCAGUGUUGGAUUUUUGCCGGGAUUGUCACCACAGUGUUGAGGUGCUUGGGUAUUCCCAGCCGAACGGUGACCAAUUACAGCUCAGCCCAUGACACGGACGUCUCCUUGACAACAGAUGUGUACCUGGACGAGAACCUACAGCCCUUGGCUCAUCUGAAUUCGGACUCCGUCUGGAACUUCCACGUGUGGAACGACUGCUGGAUGGCUCGUCACGACUUGCCCCCGGGAAUGGGCGGCUGGCAAGCGCUGGACGCCACGCCCCAAGAGACCAGUCAGGGCACCUUCCGCUGCGGCCCCGCCUCCCUCGCCGCCAUCCGUAGCGGCCAGGUGUUCCUCAAACACGACGCUCAGUUCGUCUUUGCCGAGGUGAACAGCGAUAAAAUCUAUUGGCAGAGGAACCCGGACGGAACCUUCUCCAAAAUACAUAGCGAGAAGAAGGUCGUGGGCCACCUCAUCAGCACCAAGGCCGUCGGCUCGGAACAACGUAGCGACAUCACACAUCUUUACAAGCAUCCCGAAGGUACAGCGGCGGAGCGCAUCGCCGUGGAGACGGCGUGUCGCUUCGGUUCCAAGGCGGACGCGUACACGUCGGCCGAGGUGGAGGACGUCCUCAUUAAGGUGACCAUGGAGGGCGACGGCCCCCAAAUGGGCCGAGACGCCCAGCUGACAGUCACGCUGCAAAACGGCAGCGCCGAACACCGCCGCGUGGUCCUGCAUAGCCAGGUGGCCGUCAUGUACUACACGGGCGUUCACAAGGCCACCGUCAAGACGGCGCACACCGAUCUGGACCUGCUGCCUGCUGCGGUGGAGGUUUUGGAAUGGACGCUGGAGUACAAAGACUACAAGGACCAACUGGUGGACCAGGCCGCACUCAUGUUGACGCUAUCCGGCCGAGUCAAAGAGACGCAGCAGGUCCUCGCCACUCAGUUCAGUUUCAGACUCAGGACUCCAGACCUGCUCUUAACACCCAUCGGGAAGGCUGUCGUCGGGGAGAAGAUGGCAGUGGAUAUUUCCUUCACUAAUCCUCUCCCUCAGGUGCUGAAGUCGGUCAUGUUCCACGUGGAGGGACUGGGCCUUGCCACCGCUCGGAAAAUUCAUUACGGAGAUAUCGGAAGCCUAGCCACCGUCUCCCUGACUGAGCACUUGGUGCCCACGCUUGCCGGGCCCAGGAAAUUACUCGCGUCUUUGCACUGCCGGCAGCUCACGCAGGUACACGGCGUGACCGACGUCACUGUGCACCAAAGGAACUAUGGCGCGCUAUAGGGGGAUGACCUUUGCCCUUGAAAGGAUCAAGAAAAGCACUUAGUCAAACUUGAUCUAAAGUCUGACAUUGUGGCCAGAGCAAAGGAAUGUAAAAGCCUCCGGGCAAAUGUUGGAGUUCUCCUCGGAAAAGACUCAAAGUCAAAAUGGAAGUUGGAGUCGGGCUCCAAAAUAAUGAACAACUAUAACUUGUCGUCCUUGACAGUGCGGUUUUGGGCACCGUUAGGUUGAAAUGACUUUUUACACUCUCAAGGGCAAUGCAGUGGUUAGUAAAUUUCGAGCCCGGAGGUUCUCGAGCCCGGAACAUCGUAGACUGAAUUUCACCAUAUGGCAAUUUUUGCUAAUUUGCAUCAAAGCCGUAUAGUUGAUUUUUAAAUCGUGUGAGCUGAGAGCAAACUUUCAAAAAACACGCUAAUGUGGGCGAGAUGUACUCCUCAUGCGAAGAGUGAACUCGUGUUAUGAAUGUAUUAUUCUUCGCUAUCAGGAUGAGAGUUUGUACCGAAUCUAAAUUCAAACAGUUUAUUUAUUCUUGCAUCUGUGCAUUUUCUUAACACUCGCUUAAUGUUAAACACAUUUGGUCAAGGUUCAGCGGAAGAGAGUUGGAUGUUAUUGGAAAAGCGAGGGAAAAAAAAAAAAGCUUAGCGUGACCUUGAUUUUGAAUUUUAUCGGCCUUUGUUGACGCCUCACGUCGUGACCAGAUCGCCCCCGUUAAUGAAGGGCGGACGUGCUGUUUAUGCAUCUAAUAGCUUGACCAAAUGCAUGCUACAUUUUAAAAGCAGCCAAACAUUUUCAAUAUGAAUUCAUUUGGAAGUCAAUGAGGGAAGUUAGCUUUAAUCCUCCUUUAUUUCUUCCAUAAGAUUUCAAGAUAGCAAUAUUGCACCAUCCUGCUGCAAAUAUUAUCCUUCUCCGAAAGGUCAUUUUCUCAUCCAUUGAUGUUUGUGUAUUUAAAUAGAUGCUCAUAAAUACCAUCUUUUAUGCUCACUAGCUCAUGUCAUAUCCAUCCAUCCAUCCAAAUUCCAAUUUAGCCACAGACUGGUUAUAAAUCACUUGUAUGGAUGCAAUAUCCAUUAUAAAACCUCAAGAAAGGAACAAAAACUACGUCUUAAUAACUACAGCUAGUAUCAUGAUAUAUUUAGUACCACACAUCAGCUACUAUCAACACAACUGUAACAGACAGAUAUCAUCUGGUAUCACGAUACAGCCAAUAUCAGGGUACAGCUACGAUCGUUUCUGCUUCAUCAAAUUACACCAAAAUAAGCUAGCAUCACAAUACACAUAGCAUCAGUUCGUAUCACCAAUGUGCUAGUAUCACGAUACUGACAGUAUCAAGGAGAAGCUUGUUUUAGGAUACAGCUAGUAUCACUAUUCAUCUAGUGUCACGAUUCAACCUAGACCAGGGCCAAAAAACGAGCUAGUACCAUUAUAAAAUAUCUAGAAUCACAAAUCCGCUAAUAUCAAUAUGACUCGUAUCAUGAUACCGCUUGAAUCACAAUCCAGCUAAUAUCACUAAUAUGAUAUUUUUACUAUCCGUUCCUUUUGCAAUUAGAUCCCUGCUGUGUGAUAAACACAAAUUCCUCAUGCUGACUAUCUACCAA